AUGCGGACCCCGCAGGUGUCCCGAAGCCAACCCCCCAGCACAGACAACACCCACGUGGACCCCGCAGGUGUCCCGAAGCCAACCCACCCCCAGCACCGGGCACCCCCACGCGGGCCCUACAGGUGUCCCGAAGCCGACCCCCCAGCACCGGGCACCCCCACGUGGGCCCCGCAGGUGUCCCGAAGCCGACCCCCCAGCACCGGGCACCCCCACGUGGGCCCCGCAGAUGUCCCGAAGCCGACCCCCCAGCACAGACAACACCCACGCGGGCCCCGCAGGUGUCCCGAAGCCGACCCCCCAGCACAGACAACACCCACGCGGGCCCCGCAGGUGUCCCGAAGCCGACCCCCCAGCACAGCCAACACCCACGCGGGCCCCGCAGGUGUCCCGAAGCCGACCCCCCAGCACAGACAACACCCACGCGGGCCCCGCAGGUGUCCCGAAGCCGACCCCCCCAGCACAGACAACACCCACGCGGGCCCCGCAGGUGUCCCGAAGCCGACCCCCCCAGCACAGACAACACCCACGCGGGCCCCGCAGGUGUCCCGAAGCCGACCCCCCAGCACCGGGCACCCCCACGCGGGCCCCGCAGGUGUCCCGAAGCCGACCCCCCAGCACAGACAACACCCACGUGGACCCCGCAGGUGUCCCGAAGCCGACCCCCCAGCACCGGGCACCCCCACGCGGGCCCCGCAGGUGUCCCGAAGCCGACCCCCCAGCACCGGGCACCCCCAGCACUGA